AUCGGUAUAAAAGACUCUUGUCCACAACACUCCACACAUCCACGAUGGCCAAGACCAAAGAGCCGUCAAAGGACACCAGAAACAAAAUUGUAGACCUGCACCAAGCUGGAAAGACUGAUUCUGCAAAAGUCUCCUGCACAUUCAUGGCAACUUUGUCAGCCAACUCAACCUUAUGGCUGGGCCUCCAGGAGCGAGUGGCGGGGGGCACCUCCACCACCUUCUUCUGCUUGAUCUUCCUCUUCAUCAACAGCGUCAUGUUGUUCACGCUGGGAAGCAAGCGCGUGUUCCGGGAGACGUCGCGCUACAUCCUGCUGUCGAACCUGCUGCUCGGAGACACGCUGCAGUUGGUCAUCUCGCAGCUGCUGUACUUGCUGAGCGCCUCUCGCGUCACCCUCACGUAUCCCCUGUGCGGCGUGAUCGUCAUGCUCACCAAACUCUUCAGUCGGAUAUCCCCCCUGGUGCUGGUGGUGAUGUCGCUGGAAAGAUACGUGGCCGUGUGCCACCCUCUCAGGCACGCCUCCAUCAUUACCAGCAGGAACACGGUGGGGACCGUGCUCGCCGCGUGGGUCUUUUGUUUUCUAAAUGUUCUCAUUCAGGGGCUUCUAUUGCUGAUGUUUCCCUUUGACCAGCUGGAGAGUCUGCAAAUGUCCAAGUUUUGCAGCUUCUUCACCAUGUUGGUUGUACCCAUUUCCGAAGUUUACUUCAACAUUUACACAUAUUUCCUCUUCAUCUCUGCGAGCCUGACGAUCGUUUUCAGCUACGUGGGCGUGAUUGUGUCGGCCAGAUCGGCGGCCACGGACAAAGACUCGGCCCGCAAGGCUCGGGACACGCUGCUGCUGCACCUUGCGCAGCUGGGCCUCAGCCUCUUGUCAGUGUUCUACACCACCCUCCUGUUACGUAUCUCCACUGUGUUGAGCCACAUGGUCUUUGUACAACUCCAGUCCACUCUGUUUGUGUGCCUUUUCCUUUUACCCCGAUGUCUGAGUUCUCUCGUUUACGGGCUGAGAGAUCAGAGCCUCAGAGUCGUGUUCAUGUACCAUCUGUUCUGUCACCUCAAAGUGUCGGUCACGCCCGUGAAAGCUGCGUUUGUGUCCUGAGAGCGUCUUUCUUUUCCCGCUGCCUUCAUCUGUGACACGUUCAAACUUCACACUCUCCUGCUUUCAGUACAAAAUACACUCGCAUCUGCACGGUGUUGAUUUCAACCCUGCAUUUAAUUGUCCUUUGAGUAAAUUUAAACAGAACAUGUACGUACAAGCAUUGUCAUUGUGUGCACCUGAAAACAGAAAAAGGGAACGUUGUUGUUGGCGUGGGGGAAAUGUCUUUGCAUGCUGGAAAAUGUUUUAGGCUGUCUUGUUUUCUAUGA